AGGGCCUCAGCAGCGGCCUGACCAGCGGCGGGCCCAUCGCCAUCCUCUGGGGCCUCGUCCUCGUCACCAUCUGCAACAUGUGCGUCGCCGUGUCGCUGGGCGAGCUCGUCAGCAGCAUGCCCACCGCGCUGGGCCAGGCGUAUUGGAUCUCGCGCCUGUGGCCUACGCCUGCCGGCCGCUUCUGCUCGUACCUGUGCGCCUGGAUCAACACCUUUGGCUGGUGGACGCUGGCUGCCUCGCAACUCGCCUUCAUGACCGAGUUCAUGCUCGGCAUGAAGGUCCUCUUCGACGUGGAGUGGACCGGCGCCAGCAAGGGUUGGGUCUUGUUCCUCGUCUAUAUCGGCACUACCUUCUUCAUGACGGGCUUCAACAUGGUUGCCUGUCGCCGGGACCUGAUCCUCCCCAUGUUCAACAACUUUGUGGGCAUCUGCUUCGCCGGCCUCUUCUUCAUCAUCAGCCUGGCGUUGCUCAUUUCCGUCGGUACCAAGUCGGGUCUCUCUUUCCAGCCCGCCUCGUUUGUCUUUGGAACCUGGAUCAACCAGACCACCUGGCCCAAUGGUGUUACUUGGUUCAUGGGCCUCCUCCAGGCUGCCUAUGGUCUGACUGCCUUUGACUCGGCCAUUCACCUUGUCGAAGAGAUUCCGGCCCCCCGAAAGAAUAUCCCACGAGUCAUCUACUCCUCGGUCGGCAUGGGAGCCAUUUCUGGUUUCAUCUUCAUGGUUGUCUGUCUCUUUUGUAUUCAGGACCUCGACGUCAUUCUGGACCCUCCUACCGGUCUCCCCUUCAUGGAACUCCUGCAGGAAACCGUUGGCCUCAAGGGUGGAACCGUUCUCCUCUCUCUGUUCAUCAUGAACGGCGUGGGUCAGGGUAUCAGCAUCGUCACUACAUCCUCCCGUCUGACUUGGGGUUUCGCCCGUGAUGGCGGUAUUCCUUGGAGCAACUACUUUUCCAAGGUCGACGAGACGUGGAAGGUUCCCAUCCGCGCUUUGUGGCUUCAGGGCGCCAUCAUUGCUCUGGUUGGCGUUCUCUACACCUUUGCCUCCACCGUCCUCGAGGCCAUUCUCAGCGUCAGCACCAUCGCCCUCACCAUGUCCUACGGCAUGCCUAUCCUGGUGCUCCUCCUUACUGGCCGCGACAAGCUGCCCCCUGGCGAGUUUUCUCUCGGCCGCCUUGGCCCCGUCUGCAACUGGGUCUCGGUUAUCUACUGCGCCAUCACCACCGUCUUUUUCUUCUUCCCCGGCUCGCCCAACCCUACUGGCACCGACAUGAACUAUGCCAUCGCUGUCUUUGGCGUCAUGAUGGUUGUUACCCUCAGCUUCUGGGUCAUCAAGGGCCGUGUCACCUACCUCCAGUCCGAGGAGUCUGAAGGCCGUGUCAUCUACGCCGAGAACAGCGACGUGCCUGUUCCUACUGAGAAGGAGGCGGAGAGCAAGGAUCACUAGCGUCCUAGAGGAUCUCUAGCCAUUUUUGAGGCUUUUCUUGUAUACUAGUCAACUUCCUUUUG